AUUCAGACGGUCGCUUCGGGGUCACUUCAGUCCAGCUGAGCCCGUCAGGUCGUCAUCGAUUCCUCACAGAUAGCAGAAUGGCAGGACGUCUUCUUCUCCGAGUCUGUACAGCAGCGACAACACUGCAGAUGAGGACCAACGCGGCGGUCAGACCGCUGCAGCGGGCCGUGAGCUCCAUGGGAGGAAUUCCAUCAGAUGAGGAACAAGCCACUGGACUGGAGCGACGCACCCUGCAGGCCCUGAAACAGGGAAAGGACCCCUACAGCAUCCUGAAGCCCAAGACGUAUACUGGCACCAAGGAAGACCCUCACAUCGUACCAGGCAUUGGAAACAAGAGGCUGGUGGGCUGCCUUUGUGAGGAAGACAACACUGCUAUCGUGUGGUUCUGGCUUCAUGAGGGAGGUGCCCAGCGCUGCCCUUCCUGUGGUUCCCACUAUAAGCUGGUCCACCAUGAGUUGCCCCACUGAUACUAAGUCUAACACCAGGAGCUCUGUGCAAAGUGACCUACAAGCAGACAACUAUAUUUGCCUCCACUGUGGCCAUAACCUGCAAUGUGUGCAUAUCAGUUAACAUGUACAGUUUAUCAUUAAAAUGUGAACCUAAACUAAA